UGGUGUGAUGUCAAUAACCUGCGCCGUCCUGAAGAGGUGCCUGGCAGUGCACGUGGGCGGUAUCACGGAGGGAGGGUCCAUGGCGAGUUCUGUAGGGCUGGCGUUGUGCGGGCAGGCGCUGGUGGUGCGGGGCGGCAGCCGAUUCCUGGCCACCUCCACUGCGAGCAGCGAUGAUGGCAGCCUCUUCACAUUCGAUUGCAGUGCUGCAGAAAAGAAGGUGCAGGAGAAUAAAGGGGAGGACGGACAGCCCGUGGACCAGGGGAGUGACACGAUUCUGGCGUCCACCUUCUCCAAGUCUGGCAGCUAUUUUGCUUUAACUGAUGACAGUAAGCGUCUGAUUCUUUUCCGUACAAAACCAUGGCAAUGUCUGAGUGUCAGGUCUGUGGUGAGACGCUGCACGGCCCUGACCUUCACAGCCUCUGAGCAGAGGGUCUUGGUGGCUGACAAGUCUGGGGACGUCUACUCUUUCUCGGUGCUGGAGCCGCAUGGAUGCGGCAAGCUCGAGCUUGGUCACCUGUCCAUGCUGCUGGACGUGGCCCUGACUCCUGACGACCGCUUUGUGCUCACCGCCGACCGGGACGAGAAGAUCCGCGUGAGCUGGGCCGCGGCACCGCACUGCAUCGAGUCCUUCUGCCUGGGGCACACAGAGUUUGUGAGCCGAAUCAUGGUGGUGCCUGGCCAUCCGGAGCUGCUGCUGUCCUCCUCGGGGGACUGCACCCUGAGGCUCUGGGAGUACAGGAGCGGCCGCCAGCUGCACUGCUGCGACCUGGCCAGUCUGCAGGAGCCAGCCGAGCCUGAGGGCCACCAGAGGUUUGCUGUGUCCAGGAUUGCGUUCUGGGGCCAGGAUUGCUGCGUGGCACUUCUGUGUGACGGCCUCCCGCUCGUCUUCGUGUUCCAGCUUGAUGCCUGCAGGCAGCGGCUGACGUUCCAACAGCAGCUGAGGUUCCCGCACCGUGUGUGGGACAUUGAGUUCGAGGAGGCACAGGGGCUGUGGGUCCUGCAAGACUGUCACGAGGCACCCCUUGUGCUCUGGAGGCCCACAGGUGGCCCGUGGCAGCCUGUUCCUGACAGUGCUGUAUCCCAGAGACUCUGUGGUCACCUCCGAGGGAACUGGGCCAUGUUGGAAGGCGCUGCUGCUGUGGACGACGGCUUCCGAGGUCUGUACAAGGCCACCUUCGACAACACGAGUUCCUACCUGAAAAGGAAGGAGCAGCGGCUGCAGCAGCAGCAGGGGCGGAAGCGGCAGCAGAGCCCUCUGCCAGGGCCCCCAGGACAGUGCAAGAAGAUGUGCUGACCCUCGCCCCUGCUGUGCUGCCCAGUGUCUCCCUUGGGAGGAUGGGGGCAGCCCGAGGCCGCCGGCUCAGCUGCAGUAUUUGGACUGUGGCUUGUGUCAGCCUGACUGGUGAUCGGGCAGUGGAAGCACGUCCCUUCUGGUCGGGGUGCUGGCACUCACCCCACCCGGCUCAGUUUCCUCUGUACCCUGCUGCUGUCCAUGCCAGCCAUCCUCUCCAGACGCAGCUUCCUCUGGGGGGAUCCGCAGGUGCCACCAUGUUGUUUGGCUGUCUCGGUUGCCACCUCCAGGCAGCCUUUGAACCUUGAGCACAGUUGGGCGCUUGGUGACUCUGCAGCUCUGUGCCUGGCUGCAUCACAACCGGCCCCGUCUGGCCACAUGGAAGGGUCCUGUCAGUACUCUGGGGCUGGGAGGGCACCUGUGCAGGAGGGAACCCUGCUGCAGGCCUGGGCCUUGCCCCGUCGUGGGGACGGUUGGUGACGCUGCUCUUGGCUUUCCAGGUCUGUGACUUUGUGUACACGCAGGGCGCUGGGUUCCAACAUUUGUUGAUACAGGGGCACUUUCCUUCAGGUCUGGGGUGUAGCUGGUGUGCAGUCUUGAGCUCCUCGGGCAUGUGCCUUGAACAGCACUGGGGCAGCUGGUGGCUGGGCGUGUGGAUCCCAGAGCCAGGCCUGCCUACCACCCUGUGUCAGUGACAAGGUGGCCGCUCAGAGAUAGUCCUGCUGCAUAGUCCCUAUACUGCACCUUCCUAAGUGCCUUGGUUUGUGCACCACCUGGGGACAGUGCUGUUGAUGACCGGCAGGCUGCUGCCUUCCUGGCUCAGUAGGGGGAUUGUGGGUGUCUGCGUGGUCCCCAUACUCGGCUCUAGGAGACUCUGGCCUGGUCUGCCGGCGCUGGCUCUGUUGGGCUCCUCAGGGCUGGGAGGUGGCUCAGGGUGGGCUGCUUUGACUCCUGGCUCCACACACAACACACAUGCGUGGGUCUGCAGGCCGGGGCCUGGGGGCUGGGUCUCGCCUGCUGCUUGACAUGAGCUAGGCAUGGAUUUGUGGUUUCAAAAACAAGAGGAAAAGUAAUGUUCCUGAUGUGAAAAUCACGCUCAAAGCGUGGAGUCCACAAAUGCUGUACACUUCUGGACACAGCUGCUCUGCUGCGUGUUGACCGCAGAAACAGGGUGACAGCCCUUGAGGCUGCCAGGCCUGCCAUGAUCCAUGUGUGCCCUUCACAGAAGUUUCCUGGCCUAUUUUGAGAUCCCUUUAAAAAUGGGUAUUUUCAAUUCAGGAGGCUGAAACAGGAGGGUCACUGCAAGUCUUGAGACCUUGCCUCAAAAAACAUUGUAUAUUUAAAAAUCAGUCUGGUUGAAUUCUUCAGAAAACGCCUUCCUGGGUUCUGUUUUGCACCUGGUCCUCUGCCUGAGUCCAUCAUGCAUUUGCUUGGGCCAGGCUGAGUAUGCACCUGUGAGACCCAGCCCUUUCCCCAAGUGCCUCGGCAGAUCCUUACGUGGACCAGGAUCCAGCUCCACUGCCCCACUUCUGGGGCCCCUAGUUGGAGCUACAGGGCAGACGGGCCAGCAGCCAGGGGCGAAGGGGCCUUGCACCCCCACAUAGCUGCCCUCCCUGAGGUGCUCCUGCGGCCGCCUCUGGCUGUGCGCCGGGUCAGGAGUGGCUUCCUGCUCCUCCCUCAGUAUUCUCAGGGCUCCUGGUGCUGGCACUGAGUGGGCUUUGUUCCUGCCCAAGGCCUGGGUAUCCCGUGUCCCCGCACUCUCCUGUAUAGUAGGUGACAGUUCUGCGUUCCCCUCUGGCACAGCCCUGGUCCUCUCCAUUGUCCUGUCUGCCCUGCCCCUCAGCCGCUCCCUCCCUCAUGUGUUUCCCACUCUUUUCUGGGUGGCCUGGCCUGCUCACCUGAGUGUCACCUAGCUCUGCUACUGUCUGUUUUCUGUUCCUGUCGGGGACCCUCCUUGGGUUUGGUUCCACAUCUUCCGAUUAAAGGAGUUUGGCUGUGGCA